UUGCAAAAGGUCAAAAAGCUCCAUUGAUUCGAUUAUGUGUCGAAGUAAAAUCUGGUAAAUUGACAAAUAAUAUUUCCCGUGCCAUUGAAAGUGACAAUAUACUUUCCACACAGCCAAUUACACAACAAACACGAUCACCGCGAUCAACGCAAUCAACACAAUUCACUCUUUCAGAAGGUGCAACAGCUGUGACGAUCGGGAGUUUCCUUUCUAUUGGAGUUGCUAUCGGCGUUGGUGUAAUGUGGGCAGCUAGAUCAAAAUGA